AUGAUUAUAUUUUAUUUUUUGUCUGUUGCCCAAUGGAUGCAUUUCGUUGGAUUAUGGAAUUACUUAUCUUGGCUUGAUGAAAGUUUGGAAGUGGUUCAAGCUGCAAAAGAAUGA